CCAUUUUUUUUCUUUUUCCUAAUCUUUCUGAUAUUCCUUGCUUCUGCUUGCUCCUACGGCAGCCACCACAUACCAAUCCCAUUUUUUAUUUUUCCACUCGUUGCCGUCGACGUCGCCGUCGCCGAUCACGGCCACGCCCCGACCGCCACUUUUCUUUCUCCUCUUCUUAUCUCACUCUCACUCUCUCUGCUGCAAACUCACGCCGCCACGCCAACUCCGUUUUCUCUCUCUGUUGCGGUGCCCCUCUUCUCCACCAGUCGCAAUCUAUCCUACUCGCCUACUUGCCGUUCGCACCAUCUCUCAGCGAUCAGUAUCCGCACGCACGGCUGACGGCACGGUCGGGUUUUCUUCCAACACAUUCAUUCCCUUCUCUUUCGAUGGAGGGUACCAUUGCUGAAGAGCUUUAUUCCCAAAGUUUACAGUCAGCAAAAUCAAAAUUGGGCGAUAUGUCAUUAUCUAAUCACAGACAAAAUCGGCCAUCAGGUUCUGGUGUGGAUGACUCAUGCGAAGAUGAUGGAUCUUUAUGGGGAGGUUCUGAUGAAGGCUUGGAGGGAACAACUGAUUUGGACAGGGAGUGGCAGAGAAGACAUCACCAAUUUCAUACGAUUGGAUACCGUGAUGGUGUAAUUGCUGGGAAAGAAGCUGCAGCUCAAGAGGGAUUUAAUGUUGGCUUCAAGCAGUCGGUCUCUAUCGGGUAUAAGUUUGGUCUUGUCAGAGGUGUUAGCAGUGUGCUUGCUUCCCUUCCUGAUGACUUGAAAGAGAAGCUUGCAGGAAUUGAAGAGAACCGAAGUAAAUUCCAAAGCUUGUAUGAAUCUGUGAACUCUCUUUCGACAGUAGAUGCGCUUAGGCUAUUCAAUGACGAAAUUACGACACAACGCAUGAAAGAAGAGUGUAUCAAUGCAAAUACAAAUGCUGAAUCAAUCGAUUUGUUGAAACAAACUUCAGAUUAUGUUCGUUUAGGAAAGUUCUAUGAAGAGCUUGAAGCACUUCUGCCCAAAUCACCUGCUCUGAAUGUUCAUUUACACGAACAGUAGAUUUUGCUGUAACUUAUACAUCAAUGCUACUUUUGUAGGCAGCCAUUUAUUUUGUUGAAAUUUUGGGUGCUGACCUGGCCUGUGCAUGUUACAGUUAGGUAAAUAUUUACAAUUGGGAAUUGGCAUAUGAUCCUUUAAACUUGUAAUGUAUUUGUUUGGCAAACAACAGAAGUAUGGGGUACCUGAUGCCAAUAGUAUGGUUAUUAGAAUAUUUCUUUACAAGAGAGAAUUUUCCAUAAUGGCUGA